UUGCACAUUGAUACGAUGCAUGUGCAACAGGGCUUUCAAUAUUUCCUAGACUUCUUCCAAGUGCAUUUGUAUAAUGCCAAAGUAGAGUUUCUACGUGAUGUCGAUUUAAGUGGCUUCAUUAAAUUACUUGAGCAACCCGAAUACACAAGCGUUGUAAAUACUUUAAAUGCGGGCAUUAAUGUAGACACCGACUUGGAUGGCACUGCUAGCGACGACGACGGUAGCGUUGACCCAGCAAAGCAGCAGCGUCAGCAGCAGCAGCAGCAAACCAAAAUUAAAAUGAAACAGUUGUCGGCAGACACUUUAUCAGCAACAAAACAGCAAGCAGCAAUGAAACAACAGCAACAGGAGCAAGAGGAGGAGAAUGCCCGCAGUUUGGGCAACUGCCAACAGCUGACUGAGCAGCUUGCUCGCGAUUAUAACAAGAGUGUCGUCUUAUGGCCCUGUCCGCAUAUGAAAAUCUCCAGCAAUUUUGUGCCAUCAUUCGAGGCAAUUUCCUUGGCCGUGCAGAGCAUUGCCAGCAAAUUAAAUUGGACGCAGGUUGACAUCUAUGUUGGCGACGACAAUUGGGGCCUACCGCUGGCAAUAGCGACCAACUUGCAUAUACCUUAUCGCAUCGAAAUUGGCGACAGAAUACGUGACCUGCAUGCAGAGGAUAAGCCCGGCAAAGCAAUUAUUAUUACGGCGCCCCUGAACGAUAAAAGCACGCUGCGUUGGUUACGGCACGGCAAAUGGGCAGAGCAACAGCACACAAAAGUAUUGCUCAUCGAUAUUGUGGCCAGCUCAUUGAAUGUCGAGCAUCGACUCUACAAAUAUUUGGCACGCAUCAAUGCGGCCACUGGCAAUAGUAAUGCCAGCAGCAGCAUACCCUUGCCCAAUUCCGGGCUGGUGACCAGCAAUCUGUUGGUGCUGACGCUGCUGAGCGAUAAGUAUCGACACUUGCUGACUGCGGACGGCCUGGACAUGGCCAUGGUGCGAAACUUUCGCACAACGGCAAACCAAACUGCAGAUAGCACACCACACAUGGGCUGGGCUCAUCAAAAUGCCAGCCUCAACAAGCUGCGUCCCUUUAUGAAUCUGUUCACGUUGUACGACUUUGUGCUUUCACAUAUUGGUGCGAGCAAUGGCAGUGCCGGAACAAUGCCCCAAUACGAUUUUGUUGUGCUGGACAUUGUUGUGGAUGCCACAUUGGCUAGCUACAGCUACAGAUGGCGGCCAUUGCUCAUACUGGAGCUAAGCCAGCGCAGUUAUAUGACGCACUCGAUACAGCCGGGCUAUAACGAAUGGCUCUUGCUUAGCAAUGCCAAAAUGUGGCAUUGUGGCGCCAUCUGUUGGACAAUUGUGGCCAUAUGCAUUGGCCUGCUGAUCAUUAUUGUGGCCGCGAGUGUGGCUGCGGGCAUUGCUGUUAGAAAUUACUUUGUGCGCAAGCGUUUGUCCAAAGGGCCCAAUAAGAUUGUGCUAUCAGCUAGUGACUUUGUCUUUCCCGUAGAUUCGAGACGGGUGGAUGAGGGCAUUGAAGCAAUGCUUUGCUGCUGGCUGCAGCAGCUGCAGGAGUUUGGUGGCCCCGAAGUGGAUAAGCCGGAUCUGCUCAAGGGCUCCAUUGGCUCGCUAAAGAAUCUGGGCUUUGUUAUACCUGGCGCAGCUGCAGCUGGCAAUGGCAGCGCUGCUCCAGCUGGAACAGCUGGAGCCAGCACAUCGCUGACAGUGAAUGGCAAAAGUAGCUCCGCAGCCGCAGGCAGCCUGGCGCGACAUAUACCCGCGCAUUUGGAUAUGCGUGCGCGCUACAAUGGCGAUCUGGUGCAGCUGAAGGAAAUACAACUGAAUGGCUCUGCCGAGCUGCGCUCCAAGGCAAUGGAUCUGCUGGUCAUGGCGCAUGGACUGCGGCAUGAGAACAUCAAUCCAUUGGUAGGCUGGCUGGCGGAUCCGAAUCGCACAGCUCUAGUGUUUGACUACUGUUCACGCGGCUCGCUGCAGGAUGUGCUCAUCAUGGAUGAGAUAAAGCUAGACUGGUCGUUUCGCCUAAGCCUGCUUACGGAUCUGGUGCGUGGCAUGCGCUAUCUGCAUGCCUCGCCGCUGCGCGUGCAUGGCGCACUCACUUCCAGAAACUGCGUAGUGGAUGCACGCUGGGUGCUCAAGAUUACGGACUACGGGCUGAAUGCAUUCUACGAAUCGCAGGGCCUGCAGCCGCUACCACGCAAUGCCAAGGAUUUGCUUUGGACAGCGCCUGAGCUGCUGCGCAGCAUGAAGACAACGCAACAGCAGCAGCAGCAUCAUCAUCAUCACCAUCAACAUGGACGUGUGCAGCUGGGCACACAGCUGGGCGAUGUCUACUCCUUUGGCAUUAUAAUGCAGGAGGUGGUGGUGCGUGGUGAGCCCUACUGCAUGCUCUCGCUCGCUCCGGAUGAUAUAAUUGCCAAAAUUCGCAAGCCACCGCCACUAAUACGACCCUCGGUCUCGAAGGGGGCGGCACCACCGGAAGCCAUUAAUAUUAUGCGUCAGUGCUGGGCGGAGCAACCGGACAUGCGACCCGAUUUUAAUUCCGUUUACGAGCGCUUCAAGAUGCUGAAUCAUGGACGCAAAGUGAACUUUGUGGACACCAUGUUUCAAAUGCUGGAGAAGUACUCCAACAAUCUGGAGGAGCUGAUACGCGAGCGCACCGAGCAAUUGGACAUUGAAAGAAAGAAGACUGAACAGCUGCUAAAUCGCAUGUUGCCCAGCUCUGUGGCUGAGAAGCUUAAAAUGGGACUGGCUGUGGAUCCAGAGGAAUUCUCGGAUGUUACCAUCUACUUUAGCGACAUUGUGGGCUUCACUACCAUCGCUGCUCACUGCAGUCCCGUGCAGGUGGUGGACUUGCUCAACGAUCUCUAUACCAUAUUUGAUGCCACCAUUAAUGCCUACAAUGUGUACAAGGUGGAGACAAUAGGCGAUGCUUAUAUGGUGGUCAGUGGACUGCCUGUCAAGAUACCCGAUCAUGCUGAGCAGAUAGCCGACAUGGCUCUGGAUCUGUUGCAUCAAAGCGGUCGCUUCAAUGUAAAGCAUUUGCCAGGCGUGCCGCUCCAGCUGCGUAUUGGCUUGCAUACUGGUCCCUGCUGUGCCGGCGUCGUGGGUCUAACUAUGCCGCGCUAUUGCCUAUUUGGCGAUACAGUGAACACAGCGUCGCGCAUGGAAUCCACAGGCUCCUCCUGGCGCAUACACAUGUCGCAAGAAACCCGCGAUCGUUUAGAGGCACGUGGUGGAUAUUCCAUUGAGCCACGCGGACUUAUUGAUAUCAAGGGCAAGGGCAUGAUGAGCACGUUUUGGCUGCUGGGCAAGAAGGGCUUCGAUAAGCCAUUGCCUGCUCCACCGCCAAUUGGAGAGUCACAUGGCCUGGACGAAUCGCUCAUACGCAAUUCCAUAACGUUGAAGGCGCAGGCAAACAAAUCACGAACUAGCACGAAUCCUUCUUCAUCGCAGAGCUCUUCGCUGGCUGGAGAGUCUGUGGAGGUUAAGGUAGAAAUAACACCGCCCAGCAAUGCGGACAUGUGCUCCAGCAACUUGCCCAACUCCUAUUCGCUGGACUCGAAUUCCACGAAUACCAUUAGCCCCAAUGCCACCCUGUGUCCUGAAUUUCCUACCAAGACACCAACGAGCACAAGUCCGCAGUCGCGCAAGUUAUCAGAGCUGACGCCGGAUAGUUUGCUCAAUCCGAACAGCUUCAAUCGGCUGCCCAGCUCCACGGGCGGCUCCAGCUCGCGGCUGUAUAAGAAAAUAGAGGAAAUGAUGGAUCUCAGCUCGCCAUAUAAUCACUACAAAUGCUUGAGUCCCAGCGAGAGCAAUCUAACGCAGUUCUACGACGGCAAGUAUCUGUAUGGCAAUGCAGGUGGCGCCGGCGCGGCGAGCACGAGCGGCACAGGCAGUGGCGGUUGCUCUGUGAGUGGCAGCACCUCCAAGUUUGACAGCAAGCCUGGCUCUAGUCGGCUGCUGCGGCGACAGUUUAGCUUGGAUCGCGAUGAUCAGGCGACGCGGGCGGAGCAACAGCAUCAACAUCAGCAUCAGCUGUCGCUGCAGGCGAGCAACUAUGUGGCCUUGCUGCAGUCUAGCAAGCAGUCCAUGCUGGAGAUACCCAUGCUGCAGGACACUUCGCGCAGUCCCAAGGGCACGCUGAGUCGCAACCAUAAGCAAAACUCUACCUCAGUGGCGCAGGAUCUGGAGAAGAUUGAGGAAAUACCGCUGUCGCCCGCCUCCUCACAGCAUCACAGCAGCCUGGAUAGCAACCUGAAUCGCAGUCCGCCCUCCACGCUAGAGGCGCAAUCGCCACAGCAACCGCCGCUGCAUCAACUUAGCCCGCCCCUGCUCUCGGCGCCCACCUCGCCGGCACCGUCGCGCUCUCUAAAUGGCCACCAGGUACACAGCCGCCGCAACAGCAACAACAAUAACAAUAACAACAACAGCAGCACCAAUAGCGACAGCUCCACUAACACACAGCAGAGCAGCCGAGCUGGGCAGGAGCUGACGCUAAAUGUGGAGCAGCUGCUGAGCAGAUAGGAUACGGUUUAAGCUGGCUCUGGAGUGGCCAGCAAUUGUUAAAGCUUUAUAUAUGUGAGAAUGGAAGAGUUCAGAGUGUUGUGAUGUGCAAAUAGCAAAGUACCUUGAUGCCAGCAAAAUGAAAGUACAACUUAAUUCGAAGAUUGCUUCUGAGAUGCGUCUACCGUAGUAUGGAUUUCCAGUCAAGGUCCUAAGCCUAUUAGCUUUAGUGUAUAUGUUAUAUGUACUUCAAAUUUCAUUUGAUAACUAAGUAAAGAUCAAUUCUGAAUUAUAAUUUGAGUAAUCAAUUGGCAUUAGUUUACUUAUCUGACCUACUAAAGACGAAAUCAAAAAACAUAACUCUACAACUGAACUAAGCAUUUGGCUGAUUCUCUAAUCCAAACUGUAUUUCUACAUAAAGUUCCUUUUUAAACAAAUAAACAUAAACAAAUAGACACAGUUACAAGUAUUACGAUCAAACUACAUA